AAAUGACCACUUCUUUAGAGAGCUGUCAGCGUCUCCACUGGUGCUCUAGAUGUCGAUGAUUGAGCAUAAAAUGAACUUGCAUUUAUAGCGGUGCAAUCGACAUAUAAUUAUAUGUAAUACUGGUCACACUGGGUAGCUAUGUGAUACAGAACGAAAGGUAGUAAUCGUUCGUGGUAUAGAAACGAAGCGUAUCGAGAAGGUCUUUUUGAUUACAGAGUGUCUAGCUACGUGCGCGUCACACUCGGUCACCACUUUGUACUCCCCAGAGGAAAUUGCAUGCCUUCUCUACACAGCUAGGCUUUGAAUAGGAUCGUGGUUCGUGAGGUUCGAACGUCGUCUGGUUCGAAUGAUCGUAGCUAAUUAUGUGACUGCGUCGCAACUUUCAUGUGCUUAUGAAGUCCAUGCUGUUUUGCACAGAACACCGUGGCUUCUUCUGGCUUUGAUCCACGAAACAAUGCCAAAAUUAUGCACCUCCCAUCAGUUUACAUAGUCGCUCAUAGCUUGCUUCAACAGGUCUUAGAUUCGUACCUUAACUGCCGUGUGUGCAAAUUGGAUUACCUGUUUGCUCAGGCUCUUGGGGGCAGCGGGGGAAAUGAAAUUUGGAUAGUCUGCAGAGGAUUCAGGUGCAGUGUUAAAUAUGGAGCCGCAUCGAACAACAAGGCGCCACAGAUUUUUUGGUCCAGUGUCGAUCAUUACGCUUCUGGUGUUGAAUUAUUGCGCCGCUGGAGAAUCACAAAGCACCGCUAUUCUCGAUCCUACGGAAGCUGCGCUUAUUAAGAACGUCGCUCUGUCUUACCAUCUGGAAAACUUGGUGUUUCCGGAUUCGGACCCUUGCACGACAUGGAACCCCCAGAAGGUUAAGUGCGACUGCUACUUUGCAGACAACACUGGCCAGCCCAACACUCUUUGCCGUAUCACGCGAAUAGAUUUCUCCAUGGCAGGAAUGGAAGGGCCGUUCCCAAAAGACCUCACGAAACUCACGUACUUGACUUCUUUGCAAUUGUACAAUAACAAUAUGACUGGCCCGAUUCCUCCGGAAAUUGGACUGCUCACGAGAUUGAAUUCUCUGUCGCUCGGCACAAACGGUUUCUCGGGGACGAUUCCUCGUGAGCUUGGCAAUCUGCAAGCUCUACAACUAUUGCAUUUGGACAGUAAUCAACUGAAUGGAACAAUCCCUUCCGAGAUUGGCACCAUUCAAACCGUGAGACAGUUAUGGCUGUCGGACAACAAUCUUUCAGGUCCAAUACCUGAUGUGUUUGGGAACUUCACAGGGCUUCUUGAAGUAAGAAUUCAUGGAAAUCCACUUCUACAGGGUCCUAUUCCAAGCAGUUUGUUCAAUUCUCCCUCCAUAGAAGCAAUAAUUUUGUGGAAUUUCUUCCACAUCAGAUACAUUGGCGAAUUGUCGGAAGGGAAAGCGUUGCCAGCCACAUUUACAACACCUCUGUCGAAUUUAUCUGUAUUGUAUUUGCGAAAUUGCCGACUUACUGGAUCAAUCCCCAGCACAAUAAACAUGCUGUCAAAACUGCAGUACUUAGAUUUGAGUUUCAACAAUUUAUCAGGCGAAAUACCGUCACAGCUGUCAGAAAUCACCAGUUUGAAGACCUUGUACCUUGGAAGCAACUCGUUGACAGGUCGUCUACCCGAGGGUCUUGGGGCACUGAGUUUCUUGACAGAAGUGGAUGUGUCGUAUAAUUUUCUCAAUGGUACUCUUCCAUCAUGGGUUGACAAACCCACAGUUACAACGAUACUAGGUUCUAAUUAUUUUUCGACGAUUACUGCUGUAAACUCGCAAGUUCAACCUCAAUUAUCCCUGCUAAACUGCCAGAACCAAAAAACUCCAUGCGUAAUUUCUGCUCUUGGAAAUGUCACCAGCUUGGCAGUGAAUGUGGGGGGUUCAGUGCAUGGAAAAUACGAAGAGGAUACGGCAACACUGGGGUCAACAGCCUUCGCUGCAAAAAAACAUUGGGCAGCGAGUAGCACAGGAUUUGUGCCAGGCGCUAGCUUCACUAGCCUUGUAAAAUCAGGUACUCCUGUUUCGGGAACGGCGGAUCAAACAGUUUACGCAACGGCACGGACGUCGCUUGGGUCCCUCAGGUACUACGCUACCCAGCUGCGAAAUGGAGACUACAACGUGGUUCUAUCCUUCGCUGAGAUAGUGUAUACACGUGACGACAAUCUUGCACGACGAGUUUUUGAUAUAUACUUGCAGGGGCAGUUGAUGAAGAAAGAUUUCGACAUAGGUGAGACGGCAGGAGGAUCAUUCGUGGCGCAUGAAGAGAAAUUCCAAGUCGCGGUGACUACUGGAGUGCUGGACAUUCAUUUGUUCUACGCAGGGAAGGGCACCUGCUGCCUCCCGCAACCUUCGAAUUGGUCAUUUGGUCCUCUUUUGUCAGCCAUCUCUGUUGAUAAUGUGUUGAGCGGAGGCCAAACUCAAGUUUCAGGGGGAAAGAAUAGCAAGGGUUCAUCAGUGGGUUUGAUUGUUGGCCUCACUGUAGCAGCAAUCGUUUUGGUGAUCUUGGUUUUAUGCUGUAUUUGCGGGCUUGUGGUGCGACGGAGAAAGAACAGGACAACAUUACGCCUUGAGGAUCAACUUGAGAUUCAAAAAUUCCAAGUGCAACCGAACCUCUUUAGCUACGCUGAACUCAAAGCAGCAACAAGGUCAUUCGAUCCAGGCAACAAACUUGGCGAAGGAGGCUAUGGAGUCGUAUACAAAGGAGUACUAGCGGAUGGGACGGAAGUUGCCGUGAAGACGUUGUCUGCCAAGUCUUACCAGGGGAAGCAUGAGUUUCUGAACGAAGCCGCACUAAUCACAGCUGUGCAACACCGCAGUCUCGUGAAGUUGAAAGGAUGCUGUCUGGAGCGAGACCAUCGCAUCUUGGUCUAUGAGUUCAUGGAAAAUAAGAGCCUCCAUCAGACUUUGUUCGGAGCAAGAGCGAUGCCCAUGGAUUGGCCAACAAGAUUUAUCAUCGCUCUAGGAACCGCGCGAGGGUUAGCAUACCUGCACGAGGAGUCAGAGGCACGUAUUGUGCAUCGGGACAUCAAGGCGAGCAACAUUCUCUUGGACCGGAACUUCAACCCCAAGAUAGCCGACUUCGGAAUGGCUCGCUUAUUUGAGGAUCACCAAAGUCAUGUCAGCACUCGAGUUGCGGGAACACUGGGUUAUGUGGCACCAGAGUACGCAUUACUGGGUCAGUUGACAGAGAAGGCAGAUGUGUUUAGUUACGGCAUUGUGUUGCUUGAACUAGUGAGCGGAAGGUUCAACAUUAGGACUGACAUUCGUGGAGAGCAAGCAUACCUUCUCGAAUGGGCUUGGAAACUUGAAGCGGAGGAUAACUUAUUAUACGUGAUGGAUGGAAAACUCUUGGAUACGUACGUGGAAGACGAGGUUCUGAGAGUUCUUCAUGUGGCACUGUUGUGCACACAAGCGGUAGCGUCAACCCGGCCAUGCAUGACUCGUGUAGUAGCCAUGUUGCUGGGCGACAUAGAACUUCCUCCCAUCACUUCAGGCCCAGGGUUUAUGGUGGGUUUGAUGCACUCCGAAACACCGUCACAUUCAACCAGCUCAUCGUUCUUAACAAACUCAAGUGGCUUUCGCGGAAAAGAAUCGGCUCCUCUGAUUCAGCUGAGCGAAACCCGCACGAAGACAGAUAUGGAAAUGUAUCCUAGAUGAUCAAUAUGCGCUGAAACUGGCUAAAAAAUGUCAUGCUACAUAGAGUGUUGGUUCAAACGAAGCGACUGUAGUUUUUUUGAUAGUCAGUAAUUUUUCAGUCUAAUUCGUUCACGAUUGAACUAGACAAAUAGUAGUUAGUUGGCAAUUUGUUGACUGCCCAGCAUUCACCUGCACAGAGGGCUACUGCCAUUGAAUAGGUGUUUCCAAAAUGGUAAUGCCUUCGUAACAAACAUUCCUCUCCUCUUGAUGCCUAAACUGGCGAAUUUGACACAAAUGAAAUCUGCCUUCGAAGUUCAGAUCCCAUGCAA